GGCCACGCCCACAUGAAGGAGGCCAUCGGUCGUCAUAGCAACAUGAAGUACAGGAAUCUUGGAAAAUCUGGACUGCGAGUCUCCUGCUUAGGACUGGGAACGUGGGUGACAUUUGGCUCUCAGAUCACUGAUGAGAUGGCAGAGAGCGUGAUGACGGUGGCAUACGACAGUGGAGUGAAUUUAUUCGACACAGCUGAGGUUUACGCCUCAGGGAGGGCUGAGACGACUCUGGGAAACAUCCUGAAGAAGAAAGGAUGGAGGAGGUCGAGCUAUGUGGUGACCACCAAGAUCUACUGGGGAGGACAGGCAGAGACAGAGCGAGGGUUGUCACGGAAACACAUCAUCGAAGGUCUGCGGGGGUCUCUGUCCCGGUUACAGCUGGACUACGUGGACAUCGUCUUCGCCAACAGGAGCGACAUCAACGCUCCGAUGGAGGAGAUUGUGCGUGCGAUGACGUUUGUGAUUGAUCAGGGGAUGGCGAUGUACUGGGGAACCUCACGCUGGAACGCCGUCGAGAUCAUGGAGGCGUACUCCGUUGCCCGUCAGUUUAACCUGGUCCCUCCAGUGUGUGAGCAGGCGGAGUAUCAUUACUUCCAAAGAGACAAAGUGGAACUACACCUGCCUGAGCUCUACCACAAGAUAGGGGUCGGAGCCAUGACCUGGUCUCCGCUCGCCAGUGGCCUGCUGACGGGGAAAUACAACGAUGGAGUCCCUGAGAGCUCCAGAGCCGCCAUGAAGGGCUAUGCGUGGUUAAAGGAGCGUCUCUACAGUGAUGAGGGGAAAAAGCAGCUCAGUAAAAUCAAAGAUCUCCACCUGCUGGCCGACAGACUGAACUGCACCGCUGCUCAACUCGCCAUCGCCUGGUGUCUCCGCAGUGAAGGUGUGAGCUCGGUUCUUCUUGGAGUGUCCAACACUGACCAGCUGUUGGAGAACUUGGGUUCUAUCAGGGUUCUGACUCAGCUGACUCCACCCCUCAUCACCGAGAUGGACGCGUUGCUCGGCAACAAGCCACGAAACGGCAAGAGGGAGGCGCGGAGCUGA